GAAGCUCCAUUUCGAAUAUCAAUAUCACUAUCACAAUUCACAACAACAACAAAGAACAAUGGCCAAAGCCAAAGUUUAUCCUCAAGAACAAGAAUCCAUAACAUCCUCAGAGUCUCAUGUUCAGUGUCUCAGUAAUAAAAGUGAAAGAUAUACAAUAUGGAUGAAAUCACUUGUUCUCCACUCUAACGGUUGCACUGUGUAUGAUUCAAAUGGUAACAUAGUUUAUAGAGUUGAUAACUAUAAUAGAAAAGGUAGAAGAAAAGUUAAUCUCAUGGAUAUACAAGGCAAUGUUCUCUGCACCAUCAGAAAGAGAUUACUAGCUUAUGGAUGUUGGGAAGGCCACAAAUAUCUAAGCAGCCAAGAGGAGCAACCAUGGUUUCAUGUUAAAAGAUGUCUCACAGGGAAAACUGCUUGUGAGAUUAAAGUUGGAUCGCAAAAUUUGUGCAUAGAAAGAAUGAGUAUUGGAAAAUCAUUUGGUUUUCGGAUAGUGAACAAAAAUGGAGAAAUGAUAGCAGAGGCAAAGCAAAAACAGUCUUCUGCAGGGAUUGUUCUGAGUAAUGAUGUUCUAACUUUGGAUUUGGAAGCUGGCACGGAUCAUUCCUUAAUAAUGGGCUUGAUUACAGUAUACGGAUUGAUAUGUGACUUAAUGUAAAUAUUUCAUACGAGAUACACGAUUCUACUCGCUUACUGUGUAGUAAAUUUUCUAGCUAAAAGCUUAAUUUGUAAUUAGUGUUUUUCUCAGUUUGUAUAAAAAAGAUCAUGUGCAAAAUCAGAGUGUUUUCAUUUUUCCAGAAGCAUCAUCAGGAUCUAUAGUUGAUGAGAUAUGAAUAUAUAUGUAUUAUGUACACAUAUUAUUUACAGGGAAAAAUAGACAUAAUUUAUUGUG